GGCACAGAGUGUCCUUGCUGGGAAGUAAAGCCCACUGAGUAGGAAGCCUGUGAGGCCAUGAACAGGAAGUGACCACCCCCACUGGGGAUGGGAAAUAGAGCCAAAGGUCACAGCAGGUGGCCACAGCCCUAUAAAAGCCAGGGAGCUCCUUCGGCAGCAGGACCAGAACGAUACAGCUGAGCUGCCAUGGCCAUGGGGCCUGCCCUCCUGGUCUUCUCCUUCCUGUGGACCACGGCCUUGACUGCUGACACCUGUCCAGAGGUGACAGUGAUGGGUCUGCAGGGCUCCGACAAGCUCUCCAUCCUCCGAGGCUGCCCAGGGAUGCCUGGAGCCCCAGGGCCCAAAGGGGAGACUGGCACUCAGGGAGAGAGAGGAGAACGAGGUCCCGCUGGAGAACCUGGGAAGGAAGGACCACCUGGACCUAAAGGAGAUCAAGGACAGAAGGGGAUGCGAGGAGAGAAAGGGGACCCUGGGCAGACCCCGUCGUGUGCCACAGGACCACGCACCUGCCAGGAUCUGCUCAGCCUCGGGCACUUCCUGAGCGGCUGGCACACCAUCUACCUGCCGGACUGCAGGCCCCUGACUGUGUUUUGUGACAUGGACACAGACGGAGGGGGCUGGACCGUUUUCCAGCGAAGGGCUGAUGGCUCUGUGGACUUCUACCGUGACUGGGACGCAUACAAGCGGGGCUUCGGCAGCCAAUUGGGGGAGUUCUGGCUGGGGAAUGACAACAUUCACGCCCUCACCUCCCAGGGCACCAGCGAGCUCCGUGUGGACCUCGUGGACUUCAAGGGCAACCACCAUUUUGCCAAGUACCGCUCCUUCAAGGUGGCGGGGGAGGCCGACAAGUACAAGCUGAUCCUGGGAGCCUUUGUGGGGGGCAAUGCAGGCGAUUCUCUGACAACACACAACGGCCAGUUCUUCUCCACCAAAGACCAGGACAAUGACCUGAACCCUUCCGACUGCUCUGGGAUGUACCGGGGAGCCUGGUGGUACGCGGACUGCCAUUCGGCAAACCUGAACGGCCAAUACCUCAAGGGGGCCCAUGAGAGCUACGCCAAUGGCAUCAACUGGAAGACAGGCAAAGGGUACAACUACAGCUACAAGAUGUCAGAGAUGAAGGUGCGGCUCACCGAGGCCACUGAGGACGCCACAGACCUGCCUGAGGAGACCACGACACGAUUAUGGUGGUCCUGGAGAUCUGGAUCUGCGUCCGGCCCCCGCAGCCUCACUGAGCGUGCUCGCCCAGUGCCCACUGCCCCUGCCCUGCGCACCUGAUAUGGCCUCGCAGCCUCCCCAGAGGGAGGUUACACCUCUAGAACAUGUUUGCUUUCUGACAGAAAGUUUGUCAUCAUUAAAUCUGUGUUCCUGGAAUGCCA